CGUAUCUAAUCUUCAAAUUCCAGUUUCGCUCCUUUUCACAGUUCGAAUCAUUUCGGGAGGCACCGGAGGCCCCAGCGCUCCCCCCGUUGCGUUCGGUGUGUCGGCGGGCAUCAGGCUGUCAUAGGCGUGAGUGUGUGACGGAUGCUUAGAGGAGACUGAGCGGGGUACCAUCUCACACCUCACGAUGGCCAGAAUGAGUUUUCUCUCCCUUCUCCUCUUUUGCUUGACUUCGGUUGCCCAUGGCAACAAAGCCAAUAAACACAAGCCAUGGAUCGAAACAGAGUACCAAGGGAUCGUCAUGGAAAACGACAACACUGUCCUCCUCAACCCACCUCUGUUCGCCCUGGAUAAAGACGCACCGCUGCACUAUGCGGGGGAGAUCUGUGGGUUUCGGGUUCAUAACGGACCAGGUGGUUCUGGCUCGGCACAGUUUGAGGCAGUGGUGUUGGAUCGCUCUACUGGAGAAGGUCUGGUUCGCUCCAAAGAGCCUCUGGACUGUGAAAGCCAGAAGGAGCACAGCUUCACCAUUCAGGCGUAUGACUGCGGUGAAGGUCCUGACGGGACCAACAGCAAGAAGUCUCACAAGGCCACUGUGCACGUCCGUGUAAACGAUGUGAACGAGUUCUCUCCUGUCUUUGUGGAGCGUCGGUAUGAGGCAUCGGUGCCCGAGGGUCGUCUGUUUGAUCGUAUUGUGCGGGUGGAAGCCGUUGAUGCCGACUGCUCACCUCAGUACAGCCAGAUCUGCUUCUAUGACAUCAUCACGCCAAACGUCCCUUUCACCAUUGACAACGAUGGGAACAUAAAGAACACUGAGCCACUGGACUCUAAACGCCAGCGUGUCCACAGUUUCUGGGUGACAGCGUUUGACUGUGGGAAGAAUCGAGCUCAGGCUGAUGCUCAGGUCAUAGUCACAGUAAAACCUUCCUGCAAGCCAGGCUGGAUUGGAUGGACAAAGCGCAUUGAGUAUACUCCUGGUUCUGGCAGUAUCCCUCUCUUCCCGAACCUGCACUUGGAAGCAUGCGAGGAGACGGUUUGGAACAUCCAGGCUACUGUUGAGCUUCAAACGGGUCAUAUUGGGAAGGGCUGUGACAGGGACAGCUACUCAGAUCGAUCUGUGCGCAGACUCUGUGGUGCUGUGAGGGGUGAAGUCGACCUCCUUCCACCUCCAUCUCCUGCAACCAAUUGGACCACCGCGCUGCCGACUCUACCAUCUUCUGAUUCAUCUCUUGGCCGGUACACCAGCAACGAGCUCACGCUGGAGGUGAACUUCCUGCACUCUCUGGACAGUCUGUACCAUCCGUCUCACCUGCUGGCAUCUCAGCAGCAGUUCCUCCACCCAUCCCAUCACACUGGAGAACUGAGUGGACACACACUCCCUAACCCACACCGCAACUCAGUUGUUCCAGGAGCCGCAACUGUCAUCAUCAUGGUGUGCGUGGGUUUCUUGGUUGUCAUGGUGAUUCUUGGUGUCUUCCGCAUCCGUUCCAUCCACCGCCGUAGUGAAGGAGCAAGAGGUGGAGGCAAAGAGGGCAGUAGCCAAUGGGACGAUUCGGCCCUCAACAUCAUUGUGAAUCCAAUGGAGACAUAUGAGAACCGCAUGGGAAUUGCAACAGAUAUGGAAGGAGAGUGUGACGAAGAGGAAGAAGUUGUGGAUUCACCAGAUGAUACCAGUGAUGACCAACGAAUCAUCAUCAAGAAGGAGGGAAGAGACUCCGCCCCCAGACGCUACUGAGCCAAUUAACCACACCCACAUACUAAAACACCACCCACUCAUUUAAAAUACAGGAAUAUACAACCACACACACACACAGAUGCACCAUCAAAGAAAAUGAAUAUUGUCUAACACACCAGUGACACAAUUAUAGGAUCUCAGCCCCUGUGAAUGCAAUGCUUCUCUCUGGAAUGUACGCUCCCACAAUGCACAACGCAUUCCCUCUUUGCCACUCUCAACCCAGAUCCCAAUAUUUAUUAAUGGCACAAUUAUAUGUUCAUUCAUCCUACAACCUUUCCAAUUGAUGUGCUCACAACACUGUAUCGAACAUAAUGAAAACACUAAUUGUCAACUCAUAUCAGCUAAUUGACUCUGAAUGUUUCAAAUUACAGCCUUUUGUAAUUAAUAUAAUGUCUAGUGCCCAGUACACCGAGUACAAAACAACUUCAGAAGCUGUAUUUCCUCUGCACAAUCUGUCUCUUGAUACAUUCCUUGAGCAAAUUCACAUGUACAGAUAUAGAGGACUAGUCAGUAAAGGUGUUUCGUAAUAGUGAUAGACUACAGCUAGGUAUGCAAGUGCUUUCUUUUAAGCAUCACAAUGCACACACACACACACACACACACACACAUACAGACACUUCUGUGCACCUCUUCUCACAACCUCAUGAAAAACACAGUACAGUGCAAUGCCCUCUGCUGUAUCAGAAUGUUAGCUCAACCUGGGCAGUUUUGAUUGUACUUAAAUGUAUGUAAAUACAAAUGACUACUAUUAUUAUCAUUUUUUGUUGUUCCAUUAUUUUUGUUCAUUUUCAGUCUUUGCACUUUCAGAUAGGCUAGGUAUUUUUUUCUAAUAUCUCUUGGUAAUAUACAGUGAUAAUGACAAUAAUAAUAUUAGUAAUAAGAGCGAUAAUGAUUGGCUUGAUGAAUGUCUAUUUAUUUGUGUGUUCAAUUAUGUAAUUUAAAAACUUGUUAAUAUCUGAUUCACAGUGGAACAGAAAGGCACAUUAAUGUUAUGCCUAGAACACUUUCACCUCCGCCAUCAUCCUCCCUCUAUCUUUUCUCCCCUGUCCUUUCUCUAUCCGUACACUCUUUAGAUACUGCCACUGCUUUUUUGGUUUCUGAAUGUACAACUGUGCCACCCCUUCCUCCUUCCAGCUCGCACUCCACCUCUCUUUUCCCCGUGACUAUUUCUCUGUCUGUGUUAGUGUACAGUGGAAACCUGUCAGUAAAUAAAGGCCUGUUGUUUUUGCAGUGUGAUAUUAAGAAUGGAUAAAUUUGCAUUAAUAAGCUAUACUAUUACAAUGGUUACCAUUGGGACAAUUAACUAUACUUAUAGACACAAUGACAUGGAUUAUAUGGAUUGAUUGUUAUUGAAAACCGUCUGAAGAAAUAAUCUGUUCAAAAAAUUCAUAAUAAAAACCCACAGAUGAAGU